UCUCUCUUGGCCAAAGCUUCCACUCCACCAAAUCCAACGAACUUUGGGAAACUCCCCCCGUUCCAACAAAUCAACAACAAUGAAACUCUUCGUGUUUGCUGUGUGCGCCAUCGCGGCGGUUGCUGCCGAUGUCUCCCAUCUGAAUCUGGGCGGUGGUGCCAGUGGCUACUCGUACAACAAGCCCUCCCCAUCGUUCAACAUUCCAUCGGGUCCAGGUCCAGUGUUCUCUGCCCCGGAACCUCAGUACUCGGCGCCAGCACCUGCUCCCCAGUACUCGGCUCCUGCCCCAGCUCCCGAGUAUGUGUCUCCCGUUCAGGACUUCCCAGCACCUGCUCCACAGUACUCUGCUCCUGCCCCAGCACCUCAGUACUCUGCUCCUGCCCCAGCUCCAGUCUUCUCUGCUCCCGCACCACAGUACUCGGCUCCAGCACCUGCUCCUCAGUACUCUGCGCCUGCUCCAGCUCCCGAGUAUCUGCCUCCUGUUCAGGAUAUCCCUGCACCAGCACCUCAGUACUCUGCUCCUGCUCCAGCUCCAGUUUACUCUGCACCCGCACCACAGUUCUCAGCUCCUCAGUACUCUGCGCCUGCACCUGGUCCUGAGUAUCUGCCUCCUGUCCAGGAUAUCCCUGCUCCUGCACCUCAGUACUCGGCGCCAGCACCUGCACCUCAGUACUCUGCCCCAGCGCCUGCUCCUCAGUUCUCGGCUCCUGCUCCAGCUCCCGAGUAUCUGCCUCCUGUUCAGGACUUCCCAGCACCUGCUCCACAGUACUCCGCGCCAGCUCCCGCACCACAGUACUCUGCUCCUGCCCCAGCUCCAGUCUACUCUGCCCCCGCGCCACAGUACUCUGCCCCAGCACCUGCUCCUCAGUACUCUGCGCCUGCUCCAGCUCCCGAGUACCUGCCUCCUGUUCAGGAUAUCCCUGCACCAGCACCACAGUACUCUGCUCCUGCUCCAGCACCUCAGUACUCUGCCCCUGCCCCAGCUCCAGUCUACUCCGCACCCGUGGAGCAGCAGCAGCAGCAGUCGUCUGGCUACCAGUACAAUGUGCCCGCCAAGCGGUUCCGCUUCUAGGCUGAUUGCCGAUCUGUGAUGUCCACAGCCAUUCACGGGAGAGCAGAGGAAAGGAGAGGAUCGAUUCCGAUGGCUUGUUAAAUUAACAAGCGGCCUGCUCUCUCUCUCCCUCCCACUCACUUCAUUGUUGUUGAUUAUUUGUUGUUACACAAAGUUCCCGUUGAGAUUUUCUAGCUAAUAAAUAAA